AUGACGAAAUCCAUCAUAAGAGAAAUGCGCAUCCCGAUAUCAUCCAUCGAAUACCGAACUGACUCCGAAAUCGUGCUUCACCAGAUAAAUUCUUCACAUCACAAGCAUCCAACUUUCGUGGCCAACAGAAUCGGUGAAAUUCUCCGUCAUUCUAGUCCCGAGCAGUGGAAAUUCAUAUCUGGUAAGGAUAAUCCGGCCGAUGACUGCACUAGAGGCAUCACCCUUGACUGCUUCAAAUCCAAUAGUCGGUGGCUAACCGGCCCGUCCCAGUCGCAGUUGUCAGCAGCACAAGUUUUGACUGCGUCGCUCAACCAAGCAGAAGAUCCUGAUCCAUCCAUAGCACUGUCGGUGUGUGCCCUAGAUUUUUCCUCCCUUCCCGUCAAAACCUCAUUGCCAGCAGUUUCAAAGUUGAUUGCGGAUAGUCAAGAUGGUCUUGCUCGGUUAAAGCGUGAUGUAGCCUUGUCAUUGCGCAAAGGAGCCAAUUUGGAGUUGUCAAUCACUGAUGAUUAA